UUUUUGAUGACAAAUAAAGUUUUUUAAUUUAUUUUAUAUUUGUUUUGCCAUUUCCAGAGCGCAUACGAUAGUUAAACCUCAAAUUAUUUUAUGUUUUGAUCGCAUUAACUUGUUUUGUAUAAAUAUUGAAUAAACAUACAUUUUAAUCAUGUCAGAGAGCGUAAAGGUUCAAAUUGAAAAUCAGGAUUUCAGAUUGAAUCCUAACAAUGAACUUAGAUUUGAAGUCAAUAACAAAAACGAAAAAGUUGUGUUAAAAUUGAAAAAUGGGGAAGCCGAAAUUUUUGGAACAAAAUUAGUGAAAGGUAAAUUGUAUACGUUUUAUUUUGGAGCAAAAAUUGCGGUGUUCACAUGGCAUGGAUGUUCAUUAAAGUUACGAGGAAAAAAAGGAAUUAGUUAUAUAUCUAAAGAGACACCAAUGAUGGUAUAUUUAUAUUGCCAUGUGUUGUUAGAACAACUACGAUCAACUUCAGAAAAUAAAAAGAUUAGAGGUCCUGUUACAAUGGUAGUUGGACCGACUGAUGUGAGUAAAUCCACUCUCUGUAGAAUACUACUAAACUAUAGUACACGGGUAAUUUCUCCUGGCCAUAGACCCAUCUAUGUAAACUUGGACCCAAGUCAGGGAGAAAUAUCAGUUCCAGGAACAAUUGGAGCAGUCAUGGUUGAAAAGGCAGCUGAAGUAGAAGCAAGUUUCUCCCAAGCAGUUCCACUAGUUUAUCAUUAUGGACAUACAAACAUAAGUAUUAAUUCAACGCUGUACAACACUUUAGUAUCUCAUAUGGCAAAAGUUAUUCAUCAACGAAUGGAGGACAAUUUUAGAAUUAGAAAGAAUAUUUUAAAAAGAUAUGAGUUGGGUAUGGAAUUUACCAAAUCUUGGCUUAGUUGUAAUUCCUCAUUAUUACUUACAAAAUUGAUUCAACACCACACUGUAGUUGAAAGAAGUAACAAAUUUAGGUUGGAAAGUAGAGAGGCACGUAUUCGAGAAUUUUUUUACGGUAAUCCUAGGAAUGUACUUCAUCCACACCUCUGUGAAGUAAGUUUUUCCGAUAUAAAAGUAUAUAGAAUUGGAGUGCCGUCUAUUCCAAAUACGUUGAUGCCAUUAGACAUGCAAAAAACUGAUUUAGAGACAAAACUUGAACCUGUUACUCCAGGACCAAAUAUGAUGCAUCAUAUAUUAGCUCUAAGUUUCAGUACAACAGUAGAAGAUGUUGUUAGAACUAGUGCGACAGAUUUUGUCUGUGUAACAAAUGUUGACACCUCGCGACAAAUGUUAACUCUUUUGUCACCUCAACCAAAACCUCUGCCUGAAACAAUUUAUCUCAUGUCAGAUGUACAGUUCAUGGACAACAAUGCUUGAAGCUGUGUUUGAAAAUAACCAAAAAAAUAUUUUAUAUGUUAAUAUAGAUACAGUUAAUUAUUUUUUUUUUAAUACAUACUAUAUAUUUCUUUAACCUUAAGAAAAAAUAAUAAUUCUCAGUAUAAUAUAAUGUAUAUAUUUA